AUGGGGAGCUUGGAUCACCGGCGUGAAGCAAGUUCUCAUCUUCUGCCAGGUGACGGACGAGGCCAGGUGACGGACGAGGCCAGAAAGAAAGGGCUUCUACUCGGGACAUGCGCCCCCGCCAUAGUGGAACUAGCCCAGCAUCUGAUCUCUCCCAAAACGUUUGAUGACUGCACCUUCGAGGAGUUAGUCAACGCAGUCCAGAACCACUACACGCCGAAGCCGUCGGAGAUGACCUGCCACGUGGCGUUCCAGCAUCGGAACCAGCUAGGCCGCGAGACAGCUGCGGAGUUCCUCGCCGAGCUCCGCCGCCUGGCCGCGGAUUGCAAGUUCGAGGGUCACUUAGAAAUGGCGCUGAGGGACCGGUUCGUCGCAGGCCUGCGGGAGGAGAAGCUGAGGCGACGCAUCAUGGAGGGCGAGAAGGUCACCAUUGCGUCGGCCAUGGCCACCGCAUCUGCCUGGGAAAGGUCCCACCCAGCCACCUCGACCGCACAUCAAGCCAACACCGGGACACCCAAUAGCCCGGAUGAGGACGUCCACCGCACGCAAGCUCCGCGGCGCACCCCACGGGCGAACGCGAACUCCGGUCGCCAGCCGCCCAACACAAUCCAGCCCGGGUGCGCCAGCUGCGGGGAUCCGCACGACCGGAAUACUUGCCGGUUCAGGGGAGCUGUUUGCCGGACCUGCGGGCGCACUGGACACAUCGCCCGCGCCUGUCGCGCCAAGGUCCCCAGCCGCGGCCAACCUCCGCGCCACCGAGCGGAGGCCCACUUCGAGGACGGCGCGGAUAGCGAGGACCUCUACAGGAUCGCGCACACCGAGGAAAAGGGAUUCCGGGCGUCACACCCUUCUUCGAUGAUGUGAUGAUCGCCGCCGCCUCGCCUGCGGAAUUUGCGGACCGUCUCCGCAUGGUGCUCCGCCGUUUCCAGGAGGCGGGGCUAAAAGUCAAGAUGGACAAAUGUCGGCUGGGGGUGCAGUCAGUGGACUUUUUGGGAUUCACAGUCGAUGCGGAGGGCCUCCAUCCGACACGGGACAAAAUAAAGGCGAUUGUGGAAGCCCCCCCGCCGAAAUCCAAAACCGAACUGCAGGCGUUUCUAGGAAUCUUAAACUUCUACCACGCUUUU